AUGUAUAAAAUGGAUUACUCUUACCUGAAUUCGUACGACUCCUGCAUGGCGGCAAUGGAAGCUUCAGCCUACGCCGAUUUCAGCUCAUGCAGUCAGUCUAACAGCUUCCAGUACAACCCCAUCAGGUCCAGUUUCGGGACCGGGACCGGCCCGAUCUGUCCGACCCUGACACCUGCCAACUGUAGCCUGGGAGCCCUCCGAGACCAUCAGAGCACUCCGUACACCACAGUCCCGUACAAAUUCUUCACAGAUCAUGGUGGGAUUAAUGAGAAACGGAAGCAACGGAGAAUUCGGACAACCUUCACCAGCUCACAGCUGAAGGAGCUGGAGCGAGUGUUUGCUGAGACUCACUAUCCAGAUAUCUACACCAGGGAGGAACUGGCACUGAAAAUUGAUCUGACAGAGGCCAGGGUCCAGGUCUGGUUCCAGAACCGGCGCGCCAAAUUCCGGAAGCAGGAGAGAGCUGCCAACUCGAAAGGGAAUGGCAGCAAUCCACCUGGGAAGAAGGCUGACCUCCUGUCCGAAGAGGACGACUCCAAGGAGACCAAGUGCACGGACCCAGACAGCACAGCCAACCCCGCCUGCCCCUCUUCCUCCUCCUCCAACUCCUCCUCCUCCUCCUCCUCGGGCCCUAUCUCCAGCACCAGCCCCCAUGCCGUCAACAUGCCGAGUCCUAACAGUUCCCAGUCCAUCAAGGCCCCAGCCUGGCCAAGCAAUGACCUCCUGAAGGCCCAAGCUUGGCAGCCCAGCGACAGUAUGACGGGUCCGUUCGCCGGCGUGCUGUCCACCUUGCACAGAAAAUCCAACGUGCUCAAGCCUAACCUGUUUUAGAGAGAGAGAGAGAGAG